AUGAACUCUUCUGUGUUUGAAGGUAAAAGAUUUCAUUUUCAUUCUAUUGUUUUUGCCAUUAAAACUAACGUUUCAUGUUUGUUGAGAGUUCACAACUUGAGAGCUGGAUUAAGAAUGGAACAACAAAGAGUUGAACAUAUUUUUCAAGUUAAGGUUCAACUUCAAAAAUUAAAGUUAAUCAUAAUGGUUUCUCGGAAGCCACCAGACCCUGGGAGUUUUAUUUUAAAUACUGAUGGCUCAACAAAAGAAAGCCCGAGGGAAGCAGGAUGGAGCUAUGUGGUUAGAGGGGAGCAACGGAAAAUGGUACAUGCGGCAUGCGAUUAUCUAGGUCAAGAUCUCAGUUUUAAGACUGAAAUUCAAGGAAUACUAGAAGGGCUCAAAUACUGUGAAUUGCAAGAUCUCUCGACAGUCCAAGUGCAGUUUGACAGCAAAGUAGCAGUGGAUCUCCUCCUCAAAGAUAAAGAUUUUCCAUGGAAAUUUCAUAUGGAAUUAACAGAGAUCUCAAAUAUUCUCAAGCGGAGGUGCUAUCAAAUAAUACAUGUUUUCCGCGAAGUCAAUGUUGUAGCUGAUUUGCUUGCUAAAUUGAGAUCAAAUGGUUUGCAUUUAGACUAUGAUUCUUAUUUGGAGAUGCCAAAUAAGAUUUGUGGUUUACUAUUGCUAGACCAAAGAUCCUUCUCAUAUCUCCGAAUCAGGUAA